AUGGAAGAGCCUACCGAUGUAUCCUUCUAUAUUGGUCAGGAUGGAGUCGAAGCGUUGAGAAACUUGGAUGUGCCCGUUGAAGGCGGCGAUGUUGUCUCAUUGAACUUGACCAAUGCCAACGAACUCCCCGAUCCUCAAGAGAUUGUUUCGUUCUUUGAUGAGAACAAGAGUGGCAAACAUUUCUGGAUCAUUGUGGCUAGUGCCUAUGCGCAAUUGGGUAAGCUUGAGGAGUCGGAGCAAAUCAUCCAGUCAGCACUAAAGUCGACCAAUUUCAACGAAGAAGAUAUAAAGACAUUUGAAUCCUUUUUGGUUUGGCUAUAUUUCAGAUACGCUUCUUUGGGCAUAGACAAAGAAACAUACUUGAAGAAAGCAGGCGCUGAAAUAUUCAAACUCAAGGAAAAGAUCUUGAAAGAUUCACAAACGUCGCCGAUCAACAGCAUCAGUAAUUUACUAGCCGAGGCAGUAUUGCAUUUGGCCCAGGGCGACGACGAUGAAGCUCAGAAAAUCUUUGACCGGAUAUUGAGAACAGACCAGAAUAACAGCUUUGCAUUGUUGGGCAAAUCGCAAGCUGUUCUCAACAAGACUAAGAACUAUUCACUCGCGUUGAAACUUUUCCAGCAAGUGUUGAUACUUAACCCUGCCAUGAGGCCCGACCCAAGACUCGGUAUUGGCUUGUGCUUUUGGUUCUUGAAAGACGAAAAGAUGGCAGUCCAAGCUUGGGAAAGGGCAUUGGAGGUGGAUCCUGAUAAUUUAAAGGCGAAAGUUUUCCUCGCCUUGGCCAAGUUCCACACAACUUUCAACAACUCCUUGAGCGACGAAGAGUUUCUUGCUGAUUAUAAAAAAUGCAUCACAGAAGUAUCGCAGCUCCACCUGCUGGACGUCAAGGACUUUACAAUCUUGCUAGUGCUCGUUUCCUACUACUUUGCCAAGGAGGACUAUGAAACAGUGAGUAAAAUAGUGAAAAAGGUAAUCUAUGGAAUCACGGGAGACGAAAACUUUACAAAACUCGGCAGUGUCAGCAAGUUGUCCAAAUACUCGUUAAACGUUCUUUCCGAGUGUUUCACAUGGCUUGCGAGAUUGGACUUUGCCAAAAGCGAUUUCACUCAGGCGUCUAAACAUUUCCAGGAGGCCAUCAAGUUGAAUGAACAGAAUAUAGUCGCAAAGUUGGGGUUGGGCCAAUCGCAGUACAACCGAGGGUCAGUCGAGGAGGCCAGUUUGACUUUUGAAUCCAUAUUGAGAGGCAAUGUCAAUUGUUUGGAAGUCAACUACUCCUUGGGUAUUUUAUAUUCCAAGCUGAAUUCGAGGAAGAAAAAAGGCAUGGCGAUUGAGACUCUAGAACGGUAUAUCAGGCUCUCGAACCAUCGAGGCUUGGCCGCGUCCCAGGAUAACACUGGGGUCUCGCUAAACAAAGAGCCAAUCACCAUCAAUGCGUACUUGACAUUGAGCAAGUUGUAUGAAAGUAUAGACAUUGACCAAUCCCUCAAUUACUUGGCCAAAGCCGUGGAGUCAAGGAAGAAAGUUGGCAAGAGCAUCUCGUUGGAGAUUUACAACAACAUCGGAGUGUUUCAAUUCAGCAAGCAAAACUUUAAGCAAGCCGCUGAGAACUUCCAGUCCGCGCUCGAUGAGCUCAAUAAAACCUCGCAGUUUAUCUCACCCGAUGGAGAUACGCUUGUCGAUUUACCGCAGGACUUGAAAGUUUCCCUUACGUUCAACUUGGCCAGGUCGCAGGAGAUUUCGCACGAAGAAGAGGCGCUUCGGGCCUACGAGUCGCUCCUUGCCGAGUGCCCUCACUACUUCUCCGCCAAAUUGAGAGUCUUGUUUCUCUCGUGCAUAAACAACAAUAAUAAUGCGAAAUUGUCGAGACUGGAGGUCAAGGACGAGAUUGACGAGUUGUUGAAUCUAAAUGCGUCCGACUUGGAGAUCAGGUCCUUUUACGGAUGGUUUGUUAAAAACUUUGGCAAGAAAUUGGGGAUGAAGCCAGAUACAGACACCACAUUCCAAAAGGACACCCUUGUGGACUAUGACAAGCACGACUGCUAUGCGUUGAUUUCGUUGGCAAACAUCUACUGCGUCAUGGCCAGGGACCUCAAGGGACCCAAUACCGACGAGAAAAAGAAGAACUACUAUGUGAGGGCCAUGGAGCUAUACACCAAAGUGCUUACGAUUGACCCCAAGAACGUGUAUGCUGCUCAGGGGCUCGCCAUUGUCUAUAUCGAAAACAAGGAAGCCGCUAAAGGCUUGGACAUUUUGAGAAAAAUCAGGGACUCAUUGAAUGAUAUCUCGGUGUAUUUGAAUCUCGGGCACGUGUUGUGCGAGUUGAAGCAGUUUGGAAAAGGCAUUGAGAACUACGAGUUGGCCUUGGGCCGAUACACCGACGGCAAAGAUGUCAGGAUCCUCACGUUUUUGGGAAGAGGAUGGUACCUCCGUGCCAUGCACGAGCAGAACUUGAAUUUCUUCAAGCGUGCAUUGGAAUUUACUAAACAGGCAUUAGAGUUAACCAAAGGUUCAAAGUCGGCAUUGUUUUUUAACAUUGCCUAUAUCCAGUUCCAGAUUGCUGAUUUUGUCAGUAAACAACAGGUGCUGAGUAGGAAGCCGCAGGACAUUAGCGAUGCCAUUGAUGGCUUGCAGGAAGCCAUUGAGACUUUGAUCAAACUUUCAUCCGAUGACGAAAAACACCCUCCCUAUCCAAAGGAGGAGUUGAGGGGUAGAGCUAACUUGGGUUCAAGCACGUUGCUCAAUCGCUUGACCAACGCAUUGGACGAAACAAAGGAAAACAUUGCCUCUGUGGAACAAAAGCUCCAGACGGCCAAGCACAUUAGAGAGCAGGAGAAAGAAGCUCGACUCCAGGAAGAACAGGCCAAGCUUAAUUUGUUGAAAGAAAAAGAGGCAGCGUUGGCGAAGGAGAGAGCGGCUUUGCAGGAGCAGGCACAACAGUGGGCAGAGGAGUCUAGACUGAACAUUGCGGUGCAAGAGGAAGAAGAGAAUGACGACAAGUUGUUUGACGAAGAAACCGAAGACAGGCCGAAGAGUAAAGGCGGCAAGGGAGGCAAGAAUGGCAAACCUGCCAAGAAAGGCAAAUCAAAGAAAAGCAAGAGAAAGGUGGUGGAAGACAGUGAGAGUGAAGUGGAGGCUGAAUUUUCGGGAGGUGAUGAUAAUGAUGGACCGGAGAUGGACAAUGCAAGACCCAGGCAAAAGAAGAGGAAAAACGCAGUUGAAAGUGAUGAUGAUGAAGGAGGAGGAGCAGGAGGAGAAGAGGAGCAGGAGGAGCAGGGACUGUCAAAGAAAACGAAUGGGUCUAGAAGGAAAAAGCAGCAUUUGUCGAGUGAAUUCGUGCAUGACAGCGACGAGGACCUGGACGAUGACUUGUUCAAUGAAGUCGACAAUGGAAGAGACGAAAAUGGGGAUAAGGCGAAAGCGAAUGAAGAUAGUGGUGAUGAAUGA